AUGCCAGCCAAGACCUACGGGAAAAAAGCCAAGAAGCAUAAGAUCAUCACUAGCCUUUUCGAAGCUUGGGCUAGGGAUUUGAUGACUUUGUUCACGGACGGCUUCGACUACGAAACUGCUGGUGGCAAAACGACGAAAUUGUUUGCCGCUUGUGUUGGCUGCAAAGGAGACUGGCCGGCGCUCAAUUUGGCUGGAAAUUUGGAGCGUCAUUUUGGCCGUGUGGAGAAGGCUGGUGCUGGCAAACCAUGCCCGGGUAUCUGCCAUUUAUGUCGGGCAGGAAUGCCAAAAUAUCCGUGGCACGAGUUUGGCCCAAGAGCCAAAUGGAAUCUGGAUCGGGGAGAAGUGCCCGUUCUCUUACGAGAUCUUGGUUUCUAUGGAGAAGACAUCGGGGUGGAGAAGUUUUGCGAUGAACUUUUCGAAGAGUUGAAAAUCUUUGCUGCAAAUCACAAACUGAGCCUACACAUGAUUCAUCUGAGCAAGACGCUGCUGGGUAUCGAGAAGUCUGCCCACUUUCCACAAGGGCACUGGUUCAAGGGCAGUGACACCAGUGUGUUUAUCAAGUUUCUCGAGAAUAAGUUUAGCCGACUUCUUGCCGAUGACGAUUGCGACGAUGGAUUUUUGGAAUGCGUUUGGCAAGCCCUACACAAUGCCGAUUGUUUCCUUCGCGUGCUGUACAAUAGCGGGCUCUGGCUCUCGAAGCAGGACGCCCUCCAAGCCAGCGACUAUGGUUUGGAGUUCUCUCGCCACUAUACGAAAGCGGCCACCAUUUCGUUUGGUCGUUCUCUUCCUCGAUUCCAGUUUCAGCCGAAGUUUCACAUGCACAGUCACGUAACGGAAACGUUGGCAGAGCAUGCCCGUCAAUUCGGGUAUGCUUUGAACCCACUUGUAAACAGUUGCCAACAAGAUGAAGAUUUUGUUGGGCGCAUAGCUAGCAUAGCUAGAGUACAGCAUGCUCGCACGCUGAACC